AUUCAAUGAGCAAAAUACCUAACUCCGUAACAGGAAGUUUAAAUACAAAAAUGAACACGUCAUAUAAUUGCAAUCAACAGCGAAACAAAAUCAGAUGCAAAUUUUCUUAUAAAAAUAAUUCAUUGCAUUAAGGGUUAAUCAAAAAAUAUUCACCGAUAUAAAAGUCUGACUUUUGUGCUUUCCCACUGAAAAAUCACUUUUCCCCAAAAAUAAUAUAUAAUUGAAAGGCUUCAGGUUUAUAUAGUUUUCGAUUUAUCAAUGUCGACACAUUAUUUAAAUAUUAACUCCGUACAAACAUGUAUAUAACAUAAGGGGCAUUUACGUUAGAAAUACCCUUCGAUACUAUAUUUUAAAAAAGUAAAAUCCUUCAUUUUUGGGGAGAAAUUGGGCGUUUAACUGACCUAUUUUUAAAAACAAAUAUUUCUUUUUUUAUUCUUGAAAACCAGAUUUGUCGAAAUCGAAUGGAAAGUUCGACAAAUUGAUGACACGGUAUCGCUUAGUCCCAGAUCCACAACAGGUGAUUCUCGUUUCGCAUGGACGCACACGUCAUAACACAAAUAUCAAAUUCUGCUUCGCACAUGGCGUCACUCCGUUAGUCCAUUUGGAUUUCCCAAACAGUAUUGAAGUUUUCUUUCAGGAAGUCAACAGUUAUUGGACACGACUGAUAACCGUAUAUUUGAACUUUGCCGUCGAAGAACUCGAAAAAAUUGCCCGGAUGUCUCUAUAUUGACGAGAGAAAGGAUCAAUUGAAGUCACUUGGCGGAGACGAUAAAGCGCCGUAAAGCAGAUGGUCAAAGCAAAGAUGAAGCCAUUGUUUCUAUGUUCAGUUAUCCUUUAUCAUGUUUUUACACUCGCUGUGUGUCAUAAGGUCCAGCGAUUUGAUGGUUAUUACAACAAUCUAGCUUACCCAUCAUGGGGAAGUGCGGGAGAGCCUCUUAUUCAUAACAUAUCUACUGCUUACACGGAUCUAACAUACUUGCCACGCUUGAAUGACCUUCCGAGUGCCAGAGAGGUCAGCAGCCUCCUUUUCAGACAGAAUUUUGCAAACACGACCGGUCAUGAAACGCGAAAUGCACUGUUUGCAUUUUUUGGCCAGGUUGUGACGUAUGAGAUAGUGGACAGUGAUGACGUAUCUUGUCCGUCCGAGGUCAUCUCUGUAUCCGUCCCGAAAUGUGACGAGGCCUUUGACAGCGCAUGUACAGGAAGCGGGGCUAUGCCCUAUGAAAGAAUUAAAUACGACACGCGCACGGGACAGUCUCCAAAUAACCCAAGAAAACAGAUUAACGCAGCCAGUAGUUAUAUUGAUGGCAGCUUUGUCUACGGGAAAACCGGAGUACGAGCCAGCUAUCUACGUCAUCAAGGAACCGGAAAACUAGCGUCCCUGGACUUGUGGGAGAAAUUUCCGGUCCUGAAUACAGUCAGACUUCCGUUCUUAACGUUUCCAAACAAAGAUGACAAAACUACAAAUCCGGAGACAUUGUGGAGAUUUGGUGACAGCCACGUGUACGAGAAUCCAGCUCUUCUGUCUUUUGGGGUCCUGUUUUUCCGCUAUCACAACGCUCUUGUGCAGAAAAUCACGCGCCAAAACACCAACAUGACCUCAGCUGUAGAUGUAUUUUACAAGGCGCGCCAAUGGCUUAUUGCAUCAAUUCAGAAUAUCAUGAUGUACGAAUGGCUUCCAAAACUUCUGAAUGCGCCAGUUCCGCCAUAUGAGGGUUACCGUGGCAACCUGGAACCCGGGAUCACCUCAGUGUUCGAUGCAGCAGCAAUUCGAUACAUACUAACCCUUAUUCCUAUGGGAAUUCGAAUUCUAGAUGAGAAAUGUAACUCGGAAAACAAUGUACGGCUGUGUACUUCGUAUUUCGAUUCCCAGAAAAUCCUGACUAAAAAUGAACAUGCUUUUGAGGAUGCGAUGCGAGGAAUGCUUUACCAGGCUGCGGAAAAAGAGGACAUGCAGAUUGUGCCUGAUAUUCUUGACAAGUAUUUUGGACCUCUACACUAUUCACGCGUGGACCACGUGGCCUACACUAUCAUGAAGGGAAGAGAUUACGGACUCCCGGAUUACAACACAGUCAGGGAACAGAUCGGUCUUCGCCGUAUGAAAAGCUUUGAGGAGAUCAACCCAAGACUGGCCCGAGAGAAUCCAUCGUUAUUUAACAAGACUCGGCAGCUGUAUGGCGACAUUGACAAGUUGGACGUGUUUGUGGGCGGGAUGCUGGAGACCAGUGACGGCCCGGGGGAGCUGUUCACCGCCAUCCUACUGAACCAGUUCCACAACAUCCGACACGGCGACUGGUUCUGGUUUGAGAACACCAAAUCCAAACUCUUUACAGAGGAAGAGAUAGAGGAAAUCAGAAACAUAACACUAUCUGACAUAUUGCUUGCUACAAAGACAUUAGAAAAGCAACACGUCCCAAAAGAUGCAUUUUCUAUCCACAAUCUGUCUGGGUGCAGCUCAGCAUAUCUUGAUGUGGACAACUUGGAGUCUUGUCCUGAUCACCAUGGCUACGAUUACUUUAAGGGGAGCGAACUGUCGUUCAUUAUAUUGUGGACAUGCUUUGGAGUCAUUCCAUUUGUUUGCAUUUUGUCCGCCUACGCCGCAGCGAAAUGCAGGAAAUGGAAACACUCAAACGAAGUACGAAAAAUGCAAACCAAGACAGCCAAAAGAGACAGCAGAAACAGUGUGUCAGGAACUGAAAUAAACCAACACAUCGCCUACGAGUGGCUGGAGGAGAAAGAAGAUGAAAGAGCUGUGGUUGUUAGAAUCAAGCCUCGAUGUGAAAUCGAGGUCGAUAGUUGUACAGGACGGCGCUUGCGCACGGUCAAAUUGUUCAAUCAAGAAUCGGUCUACUUGAUGACGUCAAGCAACAAAGGAAGAACAUAUACUUGCAUCAAAGUUCCUAAAGAAUAUGAUCUGGUUUUAAAGUUUGAAAACAGUACAAGUCGCCAGCUUUUUGAAAAUGACGUCAUUCAUGCACUGGAAUCAAAUCAAAUACAAUGCAGUGUCUUCGAAGAGCGCGCACAGGAUAUUCUUAAAAAUGCGUUUACCCAAAAGAAGAGAAAUCAGCGCCUCGAAAAGUUUUUUAAGUCAGUAUUUUCAGAGGCCUUUCAAAUGGACUACGAUCCGCACUUUGAGGAGGAUCAGUUAGAAAAGCAACAAACUAAGGAAAUCUUAGAGACAGAAUUGACAAAGGAAGAAUUUGCUCAAGCUCUUGCAGUAAAACCGAACUCGGACUUCGUAGAAAACAUGUUUAGUAUGCUGGACACGGAUAGAAGUGGAUACAUAUCUUUCAGGGACUUCCUUCACAUGGUUGUUAUAUUUUCAAAAGGAUCUUGCCAGGAAAAAUUACAAACAAUAUUCGGUAUGUUUGACGUUGAGGGCAGAGGGUUUCUUCAGAAAGCUGACCUCUCAAGAAUGUUUAGCUCUUUGCUGGACAUGGCGAACAGUAAUCUAAACAAGGAGGCCGUGCACACCCUGAUUGAAUCCAUCUGCAAGGAACACGGGCUGGAGGAACAGACGCAAAUCAACUUUGAGAACUUCUGUCAAAUCCUUUCCCCUCAGAUGGACAAACUUUGGAACGCUGGUCUGGACUGGAAAGGAAGACGGAAGUGUCUGCCCAACAAUAACGAAAAGAAAAAAGGGUCGGAAAAUGGACGUCGGCGAGCGUCUGCUACACAUGAAAUAAUAAAAAGGAAAGGAAGCUUGGCGUCGAUAUCCCAGUCAACAGACGAAGACGGCAUGCGCACUCCCACCGACUCAAGACGAGGCUCGGACAUACGGACUAAGUUCAUCGCGGUCAGGGAACAGUACCACCCAGCCAAAGCCAAACUGAAGACCUUCACACACUUCAUUGAAAACAACAGACAGCAUAUCUUCUUCCUCGUCAUCUUCUUUGGGAUCACAUUUGCUCUAUUUGCCGAGAGGUUUUAUUACUACACAGUGGAGCGGGAACACAGUGGACUGAGGAUGAUCAUGAGUUACGGGAUAUCCGUCACACGGGGUGCGGCCGCCGCCAUGUCUUUCACCUUCUCCAUCCUCCUGCUGACCAUGUGCCGAAAUCUGAUCACGUGGUUGCGAGGCACCUUUCUCAACCUCUAUGUCCCUUUUGAUUCCCAUGUCGCCUUUCACAAACUUGUUGCUUGGACUGCCUUAUUUUUUACAGGUCUUCAUGUUAUUGGAUAUGGCUUUAAUUUCUAUCACUUGGCGACGCAACCAACAUCGCAUUUGUGCAUCUUUGAUUCCAUUGUACUCAGGGCUGAAUUUGAGCCGACCUUUAACUUUUGGUUCUUCGGUAACAUGACCGGUUUUACGGGUGUCCUCCUGGUUGUAUGUAUCUGCAUUGUCUACGUGUACGCCACUCAGACGGCUCGUCGCCUGAUCUUCAACGGGUUCUGGUUGACCCACAAGCUGAUCGUUGUCAUGUACAUCCUGACCAUUCUCCACGGGGCCUCCUGCAUCGUCCAGAAACCCAUGUUCUUCGUCUACUUCAUAGGACCGGCCAUUAUCUUUACCGUGGACAAGAUGAUCAGCAUGAGUAGGAAGAAAACAGAGCUGAAUGUGAUCAGGGCGGAAAAACUUCCAUCGGACAUCACUUACAUUGAGUUCAAAAGACCCGCCAACUUUGAUUACCAAUCCGGGCAGUGGGUUCGAAUCGCAUGCCUGACCCACGGCUCCAACGAGUACCACCCAUUCACCUUAACAUCGGCCCCUCACGAGGAUACCCUGUCUCUCCACAUCCGGGCUCUCGGGCCUUGGACCUGGAACAUACGGCAAGAGUUUGACCCCGAGAAUCACAGGGACGGAUCUUAUCCCCCACUUUAUCUAGACGGGCCGUACGGCGCGGGACAACAGGAUUGGUACCAAUACGAAGUCUCUGUUCUCGUUGGGGCUGGAAUUGGGGUCACGCCAUACGCUUCUAUAUUAAAGGACUUCGUCCACAUGGCUUCCAUCAGAAAUAUGUACAAAAUGAAGUGUCAAAAGCUAUAUUUCAUAUGGGUGACUGGAAGUCAGCGCCAUUUUGAAUGGCUGCUCGACAUCAUACGGGAAGUAGAGGAAGUGGACGAGAAAGGAUUGGUGUCAGUCGACAUUUUCAUCACACAGUUCUUCCAACAAUUUGAUAUGAGAACUGCUAUGUUGUACAUUUGUGAGGAGCAUUUCCAGAAGUUGUCCGGGGGACGCAGUGUCUUUACCGGCCUGAAAGCCAACACGCACUUCGGGCGCCCCCAGCUCAACAGCAUGUUAAGUGCGGUCCAUAGGGCGCACCCUACGGUUAAAAAGAUCGGCGUGUUCAGCUGUGGUCCCCCGGGGAUCACCAAGAAUGUGGAGCAGGGCUGUAUUGAGGCCAGUAAUAAUACCAGAGCGCUGUUCGAACACCACUUUGAAAACUUUUAAAUGACACGACUUUCAAAGAAGAUGUUGAAUCAUUGAUCUCUUGAGUUUCUUAAAUCUGUAAUCUAAUUAAUUUGAAAACUACAUGUACUAGGGUUGAUCCAAAAGUAAUGUCACUAUCAUUUGUUUGUGGUUAGCUUAAACAUUGUAAAUAGUUUUUUCAGGGCUUCUUAGAAAUUGAGGGGUUAGAUGUCAAGUUUAAAAUUUGACUGGCCCCUGUUUAUUUAAUUAAUUAUCUUAACAGCGACAACCAUUAAUCCAACAAUGAGGUUUUUGUGUUUUUCUGAUUGUGCCAUAUUUUUCUUGGUGCCAAACUAAAUGAUGGAUCCAGUGAUUAGUUCGUUGCUAUACAUUAUAUCUGUUACAAAUUUUUUUUUGAAAUUUUAAUUUUCGCUUUUUGUGUUGUUUUAAAAGUUUUUUGCUGGAAAUAAAUGAAAUGUAAUUUAGAUAUGAUGUGGUUAAUGAAUAAUUAUGAAAUUUGUAUUAAUUAAUUGUGUGACGUUCUGAAAUGCUUUGAUUUUGGAGUGACUCUGUUGUUAUAAUAUUUGAUUAUAUUGUUUCGACUUGUUUAGUAGUUUUUAGAAAUUUAGAAAAUAGCUUUGAUUUUAUGCGAUGUUAGAUUAUAUUACGUAAGCUAUAAAAGAUUAUCCAGGUGUAUUGUUUAUAUGUUACAUGUAUAUAUUUAAGGAUAAAAAAAAUCUGUGUAGGUUUAAUGUCUCUGAGAAGAAAGAGGUAAGGGCAACAUAGUGUUCAUUUAUCUGCUGUUUUUCUGACUCUCCGUCCCUCUUGUCUUCUGCAUUUAGCUACUUUAAUCUCCUCCCUACCUUUUGAGCUUUCCAAGAAACAAAUAUACUCUUUAAACCAAGUGAAUUCAAUGUUAUUUUUCAAUGCAAGGUCAAAUACACAAUAAUGUUUAAGGUCUGUAAUACUACCAUCAAUUAGGGCUUCUACGGAACCUUGAUCAGAUUUACCGGUAUCAUUGAAAGGAAAAGUGUUAAAACGGUUCGCUGGUCCCUUUGAUACAUGAGUUACCUGUUUUGUAUUACUUACGGUCAAUCCUUUAUGACUUUGACAAAUUAAUUUGUUAUUUUAGAUUUGUUUAAAUUUAGUCGAGUGAUCUGAAAUGGCACAUUUUUUUCCUUGACAUUUUCUUGGAAAACAAUGAUCACUAGAGCAGCUUUGCACAGUGAUUGCUGAACUUAAAUGCACCAAAGUAUGUUAAAUUAAAGAUGUCAAUAGGAAAUGGGGGUUGUCUCAUUCUCACGUUCAACUUGUUGUUUUAUCAUUAUCUGAUUUUACCAGACCCUAUCUAUAUGAUUGAUCAUGUAUUUUACAGAUAUUUACAUGUAUGUGGUGCAUUAAAUUAUGAAAUAAAAUAAAAACGUUUAUUGUUCUGA